CAGAAGGAUAGACCUAGAAAGAGAGAGAGAGGCGGGGAGGAUAGACAACAGACAGCUGGUCUGCCGUCGAACCGGUCGGUGGCACUGAGGAACACCGGAGAGACAACAACAACAACUACAGUGGCGCCAACUGUCCACCGCAACGGUCCGAGGUGGAAAGCCAGGCCUCAGUUCCGAUGACCUAACAACUGGAUCCUACCCCCGAGAGCCCAGGAUUUGAUGAGUUAGCAACUGGAUCCUACCCCCCGGGAGCUUGGCGACCAAACAUUCGGAGCCGAACCGCCAUGAUUCCAGGAUUUGGUGACCUAACAAUCGGAGCCUAGCCCCCAGGAGUGCGGGUUUUGAUGACCUAACAAUCGGAGCCGAGCCCCCAGGAGUGCGGGUUUUGAUGACCUAACAAUCGGAGCCGAGCCCCCAGGAGUGCGGGUUUUGAUGACCUAACAAUCGGAGCCGAGCCCCCAGGAGUGCAGGUUUUGAUGACCUAACAAUCGGAUCCGAGCCCCCAGGAGUGCAGGUUUUGAUGACCUAACAAUCGGAGCCGAGCCCCCAGAAGUGCAGGUUUUGAUGACCUAACAAUCGGAGCCGAGCCCCCAGGAGUGCAGGUUUUGAUGACCUAACAAUCGGAGCCGAGCCCCCAGGAGUGCAGGUUUUGAUGACCUAGCAUACCCCCGACACCGACCCAGCGAGGAUGCUGUCGGAGGUGCAGCCCUGCCUGCAGCUGCUCCGCAUCGGCACCGCCCCGCAGCCCAGCCCGAGGCCCGGCCAGGCCACGGCGCCGACACCCGCCCGCGACCUCUACACUUUCCUGCCGGCCGGCCAGCGCUGCACCUUCCGCCUCGGCCGCCGGGCCGACCUCACCGACCUGUGCCUGAGCUCGGGGCGGGCCGAGGAUCUCAUCUCCCGGGUGCACGCCGAGCUGCAGGCCGAGAGGGGGGCGGCCGGGGGCGACUGGAGGGUGCACAUCGUCGACAGGAGCACCAAUGGCACAUUUGUGAAUGACAUUCGGAUCGCCAAAGGCGAGAGGACGGAGCUCUCCGACGGAGACACUGUCACGUUUGGCCACCCGGACGCGGUGAACAUCCCGGAAGGCUCCCUGGUCGCUCAGCAGGACUCGGAGUUUUACUUCCUCUUCCAGAAGGUCCGUGUGCGCCCGGCCGACUUCGAUGCCAUCACCGCCGCCUCCCCCCCCAGGGCGCAGCGAGCCGGCGGGUUCCGGCCGGUCUGCCUGUCCCCGCAGCGGGCCCGGAUCCGGAGCUUCACCCGGGCGCCCCCCGCCUCCCGGGCCACCCUGAUCCUGAACUCCAUCGGCAGCAUCAGCAAACUGAGGUCGCAGCUGGUGGUGCUGCACUCGGAGGCCGCCGCCAGCGAGCCCAAGGGGGCCCUGGGCAGGUUCCGCCGCCUCCUGCUGUCGCCGGGGACGCGGCGCCACCCCACCGCCCCCGGCCCCGGCCCCCAGGGCGGCACCGCUCCGCCCCUGAAGGGGACGUGCGAGCGGCCGGCGACCAAGCACCGGCGGAAGACCGUCCACACCGUCCUGCCGGACCUGGAGGAGGAGAUCCAGCGGUUUACUGUCGAGGUGCAGCAGAGUGCCCCGAGCCGCCGGCACUGCAAGUCCGAGUCGGAUGUGGACCCAGACCUGUACCGGCAGCUGACCCUGGGCGUCCGGGCGCUGUCCCCCCAACAACAGCCCACCCUCAAGAAGCACAAACUGGAGCCCGGUGCCCACCUCCCUCGAAAUGCAAUAGAGAACAUCACCCCCACUGGAAAGAAGAGAGGGCGGCCUCGGAAACAUCCCCUGGGCAGCAUCCCGCUGGGUUCGAAGGUCAUGUGCAAGGUUUUCACGCACACGCUGUACACAGCGGAGCAGUGUGCCGCUGAGCGGUGCCACUUACCGCAGGAGGACACCGUGCAGUGGGUGCAGUGUGAUGACUGUGAUGCCUGGUACCAUGUGGCCUGUGUUGGCUGUAAUUACACUGCCAUGAAAGAGGCUUCGGCUGAGUUCCACUGUGGCUGCACAUAACAGUCACUGUGGGCAGAGUCAAAGAACGCUUCGGUGACUCUCUCUGUCUCUCCAGUUAGGGUUCUCCUUUUUCUUUCAAGGCUCUGUGACCGUGAGUGAAAACGUCGACAGUCUGCUGUACCCGCUGGCCUUUCUCGUUCUUAGCCAUUCAGUAUCUGGGAGCCUCCUUGAAUUUUUGACGCUGUUGCGGGCCGCAUGUUCCAGGGUUUUCAGUGGCUUCCGCUCCUGAGGAGUCUUAUUGGCAGCCGACAAGGUAGUUCACGUAUUGCAUAUAUUAUUUUUACUUUCGCUCGAGAUGGUGCAUUUAAUUCUGAAGCUCAGCAACGGGCCAUGGUGCAAAUCCCAUAUCAAUAGCUGUAGACAGUGGCGUGGGUGGUCAGACUUUGCAAAGUGUCUGAAAGUCUGACUCCUUUCCACAUCCUUGGCAGGGUUGGGGGAGGCAAGGAGUGCUGGACCUGUGUGCCCUCCAAAGCCUCCUUGCGAUAAUAAGCUAUUUCAGUAUCAAAACUCGCAAGAUUGUCGCGAGCAAUUUGAAUAUUUAGCCGAUGUGCUUUGAAGGAAAUCUUACUGCCAUCGUUGUGAUCAGGGUCCCAAGUGCAGAAGGGCCAGUUCUUGAUGGUCUUCAUCAGUAAACACAUCACAGAGAACUGAAUGAUUCAGAUUUCAAAUACCAUGCAUACAAUCUGACAACUGAGCUAUUUUCCUGACCUGUAACAAUAACGACUCAGUAAAUUUGAUCCAGCGUAAUUUACCAGCAAGGGGAGAAAAUCCAACAAGAAUCCUGUUCUUGCUCAUUGUCCAGCCGUCUUGCGUUGGACUGUGCUCUGUGUGUCGUUGAGGGCUCCUGGGUUUAUUCUCUGGGUUUCAGUGGAAUCGUAGAAUUAUUGCAGUGUAGAAGAAGGCUAAUCGGCCCAUUGAGCCCUUCUAUCACCUGGUGCAACAUCUGCGGCUAACAUUCCCAACCUCUGAGCCUGGCAUUUGCAUGAGCCCACAUAGCCAACAAAUGCUCAUUCAACAAUAAAUGAUGGUGCAUUAGCUCCUUUGUGCCAGGCCACAUGAAAUGGAGGAUGUUUCUCUGGCAUUCCUGGUGAUAUUUGCUGCCUUGCACAGAUGGUUUCCAGUGGUAUAUUGUUCUUGAGUCCCUGGCCUGGCAGAUGAUAUCAUGGAGAGUCUUUCAGGAAUGCUCUGGAAUGAUUUCCCCUACCAGCUGUGAAUGUGAUCCUUGACUGCGAGCUUCUGGGAGGCUGGGUCAAGGAUGUCAGGGAGCCGGAGAUGUUUCCCAUUCAGUGUGAUUGGUUGGUCAGCGUCCAGAGCUUAGUGUCAGUUCAGCGCAGUCCAGUGAAUGACUGUGAGCGCGGACUUGGCUCUCAAAUCAGGAAGAUAUGUUGUGCUUGCACAGUGUUUCAUUUUAAUCCUUCUCAGAAUUUUGUUUUUUUGCUCCAUUGCCAAUGAAUUACUUUCAAAAAGUAAUUUUUUUUGUUUAUUUUUUGUAAGCCAAUACGGUUUUGUUUACAGGAGAUUUUGGCUGCAUUCCAGACUGAUUCCUGGGAUGGCAGGGCUGAUGUGUAGAGAGUGCCUGGAGCAGGAGUUAGGCUUGUAUUUACUGGGAUUUUGAAGAUUGGUGGGGUUUGGCAUCAGGGCAAUCUCAUAAAAGCCUGUAAAUUUCUAACAGGGCUGGACAGGAGGGAUUUUCCCAUUGGCUGGGGAGCCUACAACCAGGGGUCACAGUCUUAGGAUGUGGAGUAGGCCGUUUAGGACAGAGAUGAGGAGAAACUCUUCAACCAUGGAACAGGGAGCCUCUGAAAUUCCCAGCCAAAGAAAGUCAUUGCAGCCAAAACAACAAACCUUUUCAAGAAGAAGUUAGACCAGGACUAAGGGCGUCAAAGACCAUUAGGAGAAAAUGGGGACAAGGAACUGAGUUGGAUCAUCAGCCAUGAUCAUAGUGAAUGGUGGAGCAGGCUUGGAGGGCCGAAUGGCCAACUGCCCCUACUCCUACUGUGGAACAGCCCCUUUGAUCUGCAGGUGGUGCAUCAGAUUCUUCUCUUCCAGUUCACUGGGAAUCCGUAUUUCAUACGGGGGAGAAUAAUGGAAACAGCAAUUAUAUAGACAGUAAACAAAUGCUCAUUCAGCAAUAAAUGAUGGUGCAUUAGCUGCUUUGGGGCUUUUCUGUGCCAGGCCACAAUUAAGUGGGGGUUUUUUUUAAACCUUCUUGGUGGUAUUUGCUGCCUUGCACACAUGGUUUCCAGUGGUAUAUAGUUCUUCAGUCCCUGUUGUGUUGUCCAGGACUUUGACAGGACCCCAGUACAAUCAUUCCAAUCAUAUUUGAUCACGUUUCUGUUUGCCUUCUAACAGAAUUGUGCUGACCAGAGCCCCAAACACCAAUAAUGUCAUCUUACAAGAUGCAUCCUUCCCCUACCAUGGCCAUGAAUGUUUUCUUGUAGAUGUUAAAAUAACAUGUGGCUUUGGGCAAAUGAGACUGACCACCUGAUGGAUCUGAAAUUGAAUUGAGUUCAGCCGACUUUGUUUCAAUUGAACUGUGUUCCCUCCCAGCAGCUUGAGCAGCAAAACACCGCAGAGGCCGCAAAUCUGAAACAAAAGAACAAUUUUUCCAGAAUACCCCCGCAAGCCAGGCCUUGUGUGGAGUCUUGAUGAAGGGUCGCAGACCUAAAACACCAAAGCUGGCUUCUUUGUCAACAAAUCCUGCCCAACCAGCUGACCCUUGCACCCUCCCAUGAGAAUCUGGCUUCAAGAAUCCACUUACUGUUCAAACUCCUUGUGUUUGAAGGUUUAAUGUGGGUGGGAGGAGGCUGGCACGUUUUUGUUUUAAGUUCAGGGAAGCUGAAGUGAUGGUGGAGAAUAAUUAUGGUUAACAAUGAGCCUCACAAAGCCAGAUGUUUGUUCAAAGAACAUGCCUGAACUGAAGUCACCUGGUGACAUGAGUCGUUUUCAAAUGGAGAACAUUAAAUUAUCACUUCACGCAGGAUGGGAAACUUUUAAAAGACUUUGAGGGUCCCUGGCUUUAUAAACGGACAUGUAGAGGUAGAGUUGUGCUAAACUUUUCGAAACCGCUGGUUAUAUUGUGACAUGACCAUUGUUGGCUGUCACCUUUCUCUCAGUAAGAGGGGGAUUGGUGUGAGCUGCUGCAGUCUUGAAGGGCUGCAGCAAUUCAGCAGGUGGGGGUGGGGGGGAGAGCAGCUGGAAUUUUGUUCUCAGUGGAUGGAGUAGAGACUCUGUACUUGGAAGCUUUUGAUCGCAUCGCUUGCCUGUUUCUCACUAAUCAAAGUGGUUUAUUGCCCAGCAGUCAAUCCCCACUCUGUGCUGAGUUACUUUAUCUGGGGUGAGGGAGGGAAAUGAACUGCAGUUGCUUUCGGUGCUGCGAGGAGGGAGUUCCAUAAGCUUCCCGAAAAGAGGAUGCUUCCUGCGGAACCCAGUCAGGGCUGUGUGAAAAAAGUGAGAGAGAGAUUGUGCCAGGUUUUCUCCACAGAAGGUUUUGAAAAUUUCUUCAGAUUGUUGGAAAGAACUUCAAAUUUAUUCAAUGCGUUCAAGGCCACUGAUCAUCCCGCGUGGUGGUGGUGGGGUGGGUGGGGUGGUGUUUUAGAGCUAUCAGAGACAUUGUAAGGCAGGCCAACAGAGGAGACAGAUUUAAAGUGAUUGCUGACAGGGGUGGGUCAGCUUUCAGGAAGGGUGUUGGUUAAAUACUUGAUUUUUAAGGAGGGGAGAAAUUACAGGGUAUAAUGGAGAGUGGGCAAUUACAGGGUAUAGUGGGGGUGGUGGGCAAUUACAGGGUAAUGGGGGUGGAAGGGCUAAUUGAAUUGCUCUUUCAAAGGGCUAGCACAGGCACCAUGGGACCAAAUAGUUUCCUGCCAUGCUUACUUAGCUCUUUCCUAAGAUUUAUUUUCCUUAAAUUAGUUAAAUUUGGGUAUAUUUCCUUAUAAUUUGUGUAUUCAUUUUUGUACAUGUCAAGCACUUAUUUGUGGAUCUUGCUGAAUUAUUUACUUUAAAAAACAAUGUUUUGUUGUCCCCCCGUUUUGUUUGGUCCUUUUGUACGUUGAUCAAUUUUAAGGACAAUUCAGGUAGCAGUGUCUGUGGGGGGAGGGCUGCCGUGUUGCAAUGUCUGUGUCUCACCGCUCUCAGCCGCCAGGUGGUGCCCGUGUCCACGGUGUCUCACUGCUGGAGUGCAGCGAGUUGAUUUUGGAAUUGGAUAAGCAAUUUAUUUUCAAAAGUUGGCAUUUCCAGAAUCAGGACGGAGUCGAAUAAGUGUUUGAUCUUUGUAACAAAGUUCUUGCCGAUUUUAAACUGGCUAGUAAAGCUUAUUGUGUGAUUUGCACAGUGACCUGCCAAGCAUUGAACUGACUGACAGGUUGCAGAUUAUAAUAUCGCUUAAUGGAGGCGAUGCAAAUGUUUUUUAAAAAUGUUUUUUUAAAAGUUGCAAUGAGAGUGGGAAAUGACUGUAGUGAAAUGUGGCCUACUGGUUCACAUCUGAACGGUAAUGUGAGCUGUUUAAUUGAGUGAAGUUCAUUUGCAGGUGAAAACGGCCGCACCGAGCUGUGAAAUAAAAUAAAAAAUGUGAAAUUUAUAAAGGGCUGGAGAAGCUCAGCUGGCCUGUCAGCACCUGUAGAGAGGAGCAGUUAGCAUCGCAGUGUUUAAUCGGGUGCUAGUUAACAUCUGUUUCCUCUCUGCUUCUGCUGCAUGACUUGUGGAGUUUUACUGACCAGCGAAACGCUCAGCUUGAACACUCCCUCUGCAUCUCUCCCUGGGUGCUUUUUCUAAUUCAGGGCAGUUAAAUAAUGGCAGAUGCCCUUCCCUAAAGAGUGCCAAUGAACCAGAAGGGUUUUUCUCACAACUGGUCAUCUCUUCGAAACUCUGAAUUCCACAUUUGCAUUGAAUUCACAUUCCACCAUCUAAAGAGUCAGGGUUCAAAUCCACGUCCCCAGAACGUUACUACCGGGGUCACUGGAUUAAAAGACCAGCGAUACCACCAAAUGGCCAUUGACUUCCCUUAAAGGGGUGAUGUGUGAUCCCAAGCAGAGCCGCCUCUCUGUCAGCAGUGCCAAGUGGCUGUGAAUCGAGAUAAAUGAUGUUUCACAACACAGUACAGGCGUGUCCUGAAAGGCACUAAAAUACCCCCCGCCCACCCCACCCCGUAACUGCACAGCAAAGUGUUUUUGAGUGAGGGAGGGGUGAUGGUUAGAUCACUACAGAAUGGAGCAACAGGAACCAGCCUGGGAUUGGAGACUAUAUUUGAGGAUUAAAAGUUUGAAUCUAGACUUGGUGAAUGGAUCAUUGAGUGGGUAGUUUUUUUGGCACAGAAUCGAGUAUUGAUUUUUGUUUUGUGUGGGGGGGGUGGAGAAAAGAAAAACAUUUUCUGGAAGCUUUUAGUCUUGUACUGAUCAGGACAAUUUGUAGGAACAGCAAUUCAUUUCAGCAGCAUUUCUACUGGAUGAGCAUGCUGAUUGGUCACCAAGUGGAUCGUGGUACCAUGGAGAAUACAACAGUUAAUCUUGAUUGACAGUUAACAGCCAGACAUUUUGUUUUCAGUAAUGCUCAAAUUUAAAGUGUCAGGUAUGAGUCUGACCUGUGCUUUUCGCAAAUAACGUUUCUCCUGCUUUUUCUUCAAAUCCAAUCAUUUGCGAGCAAUUAAAGGCGAAAUGAAAAAUAUUUAGAGUGCGGGUGCCUGGCUUCUGAUCAUUUAUUUUAUCCGAUUUUCAAAAGGGCCCAUGUUUCUCGUUGUGCAUGGACAGAAAUGCACAUGGUUACGAGGCUGUAACCAAAUAAACACAACUGCGUAUAUUCGUCAGUUUGUGGACAGCGUGUGCUAUUUACCUGAUGGUGUGAUUGUUCAAGUAAAGUCCAGUGCCAUUUACAAACUACGAUCUGGAUGUGGACUCGACUGUUAACGAAAUUCGCUGUCAGCACGGUAACUGCUUGGUUCUCAGAAACAUGGUGAGAUUCUUGCUGUAUCACUGCCACUAUUCAAUAAAUUAUACU